GAGAGAGAGAGAGAGCCCUCGGAUUUCUGAGUGGCUUACGACACUCAGUGAACAGUCUGUGUUUCUGCAUGCACUGUCAGUGUACCGGUCUGCUGCGAGGGAUUGCGCGCUCCUUUGCCUUCCAUAUUUACCGCCCCUGCUUGCCUACCAGCACUAACCUUCAGCACCCUCUUCCAGUCGGCUGAAAAAUCACCCGGAGAAGAGGGAAGAGAGUGAAACCUGCAUGCCGCUGGGGAUGCAAGAGGUGGAUGCUUUUUUUUUCCCCCCGUCUUUUCUUUUUUUUUUUUUUUUUACCGAGAUGAGCAACUGACAUGGAAUAUUGUCACGUGAGAAAAGAGUGAACUGGGUUCACCUCUUGAUUGCAUUUAUUUAUUUUCUCCCCAGCAUCGAUCACUGAAAGCAUGAUUAACCGCUUGGACGGAUUUAAACCUUAGAAGUUAAUGACUGUUUCCGGAGAUGGGCGAUAAUAUAUAUCUUGGCAGACCUGCUGAAACUUAAGCAAGCAGGGGAGGAGAAAAGAGAACGAUAUUUAAAAGAAUGUACUCUCAUGAUCAUUGCAGCGGGGGACUGCGGAGGAGCUGAGGAGACAGAGCUCACGCAUGCAGACUGGGGAACUUGUGCUUUCUACCAUCUCUCCACUUGGAUUCCUUCUCUUUCUGUCUCUUUCACUUGAAGAGAACUAAGACAUUGUAAGCCUGCCAAGGAUCUGGUGUCCACUGAAAGGAGAGAAGGGAGGGGGUGAUGGUGAAUUUGUACCACAGUGGGGUCCUUUUUAGAUCCACACAUAAUUAGUGUCGGGGCACAAAGCGAGACGCUGAAUGGAGAUUGUCAGCUUUUGGAUAGGGGUGAGUAGGAAUCUUCUCAGAUAAGAUCGCUCCAUGAGGACAUUUUUUCAUCUCUUCUCUCCACCCACCAUUUGAUCUAUAUCAUAAACCAAGAGACUUUAUCUUUCGCAUUCCGGACAAGGAUUUUCUUAGCUGACUAAAUGAGACAACAACUAAUCCUGUGUUAAUCUUAAAUACUUAGAAGGGGGGAGUAAACCGAAUAAAUAACUCAAAUAUGAUGUGCUACAUAUGAUGUGAUAGGUGGACAAACAAUAUCCAGAGUGAAUGGACAUUUGCUUGGUAAAAUCCCUGGAUAUUUAUGCUGAUGGAUUUCCUUUUAAUUGGACUGUAUUUAAAGUGGCCAGUGAAGAAGCCCCCUGUGUUGAUUCUGUUUUCAUUGGGCAUUUUUUUAAGAAUGGUUCCCAUGGCGGAGGGGGUUUGCCCCAGACUGUGCCGCUGCGACAGCAAGCUGCUGUACUGUGAGGGCUUGAACCUCACAGACAUUCCCCAAAAUCUGAGCAGUGCCAUGGGCUUGUCCAUGAGAGAGAACAACUUGACUGAACUACGUGAAGGACAACUGGCCGGCUUGUCGCAGCUCACCUGGCUCUACCUUGACCACAACAACAUUGACAUUGUCGAGGAGGCUGCGUUUGACAAGCUAAGGCGGGUCAAGGAAUUAGACCUGAGCAGCAACCGGAUUGAGACUCUGCCAAAUGGUACCUUUAGGCCCCUCCCAAAUUUGCGCAUCCUGGACAUCUCCUACAACAGGCUGCAGGCCCUCGAGCCUGACUUGUUCCAUGGCCUUCGAAAGCUCACCAAUCUGCAUUUGCGCUACAACGCUCUCAAAUUUGUGCCAGUACGGAUUUUCCAAGACUGCCGGAGCAUGCAGUUUCUCGACUUGGGAUACAACCAACUGCAAAGUCUGGCACGGAACUCCUUUGCCGGACUCUUCAAGUUGACAGAGUUGCAUCUUGAGCACAACGAGCUGGUUAAAGUCAACCUUGCCCAUUUCCCUCGCCUGAUCUCAUUACGUACCCUGUAUAUGCACAACAAUCGCGCAACCAUUGUUGUCAACACCCUGGAAUGGACAUGGCAUUUCUUGGAUAAGAUUGACUUGUCUGCCAAUGAAAUUGAGUACAUAGAGCCACAUGUUUUUGAGAGUGCACCCAACCUCAAGGUAUUGAUGCUAGACUCCAAUCGGCUGACUUCUGUGGAUCAGCGCAUCUUGGAUUCAUGGUCCUCCCUGAACAGCAUCACCCUGGGAGGGAACGACUGGGAGUGCGGCCGUAACGUUUGUGCCUUGGCCUCUUGGUUGAGUGCCUUUCGAGGGCAACGUGACAAUUCACUGCUGUGUUCAAGCCCAGACACCGCACAAGGCGAGGAUGUCUUGGAUGCCGUCUAUGCUUUUCAGCUCUGCGAAGAUCCCCCACUGGAAGUUACGUCAGCGGGUCUGUAUGCCUCCACAAGAGACCUGGUCCAAGGUGGCUCUGUGUUCCUUGGCCCCUUUACACCCAACCCUUAUGAUGGUGAGGGCGGUGAAGUGGUCACCAGUUCUUUCACUGUCACAGUGGGACAUGACGACCUGGAGAGUACCAUGCAGAUCCACAAGGUUGUGACUGGCACAAUGGCACUCAUCUUUUCCUUCCUCAUCAUUGUACUCAUGUUGUAUGUGUCAUGGAAGUGCUUUCCAGCCGGAAUAAGACAAUUAAGGCAGUGCUUCAGCAGUCAGCGUCGUAAACAGAAGCAGAAGCAAAACAUGCAGCAGAUGGCUACGAUUUCUACGCCGGAGUACUAUGUUGACUAUAAGCCCAACCAUAUUGAGGGAGCUCUGGUAAUCAUAAAUGAAUAUGGCUCCUGUACUUGCCAACAGCAACCUUCUCGGGAAUGCGAGGUGUGACCUGGGGUUGACAGCACGAUGUCAUCCUGAUUGACUAUCAGCUAUUUUUUUUAAUAUGCUGGAAAGGAAGGAUAAAAUGUAUAUUUUGGCCACAUUUUAUGCAGCUUCUCACUGUGAUAUGGAAUGAGUUUGCUUCAUGCAGCUGAUCAUUUUGCUGUGGAUUUCCUGCUGUCUUCACUGAUUUGAGGGUACGACGCAAAAUGGGCUCCUGACUUUUGGAACUGUUGAUGUACUAGCAACACUGACAGAAAUAUAUCAGAAGCUGCGCACAGUCUUUUUUUUUUUUUUCUUUUCCAUGACUGAUGGACAUUUUAGCUUUAAUGUGUCUCUCUACUACAGGACAUGUAAUUAAGCUGUGGACACACACAAACACACAAUGAAAAAAAUAUUUGUAUUAUGGUUAAGAAUAUUUGACCAGGGUGAAACAAAAUAUAUUUAAGUUGGAUUAAAACUGUAAAGAGUGUACAAAUGUUAAAAGAAGUGCCACUGUGGAUAAAGCUGAUGAAGAUAGUUCUUUUGUAAACUAAAAAAAAAGCUUAAAUAAAUGAAUUGCUAUUCACAGUGAAAUCAUUUGUAUGUGAGACGCUUAUCAGAAAGGACGGAUGACAACAAUGCUGGGCAAGCAAUACGUCUGAGUAUCCUUCAACCAAAAAAAACAACAGCAAAACUAGCUAACCAACUAGAAGAUAUGAAAGUGGCAGAGAGAGAUUUGCUUCUCAAAUGUAAUGUCCAUGAUCUACAUUUUACUCUAUCUCUUUAAAGUCACGUGUGUUGCUUUAUGUUUCACAAGCAGUGUGAUUUGACCGUCUUUUGCUCUAAAAUAACUUGAUCAAGCCAUUACAUUCUGAUCAGUUGGCACACUUCCAUAUAAUAUGUGUGCACCAUACAAGUAAAGAAAGCAGAAUGUCAAACAUUUCAAAAAUUUACGUCACUCCUCGUUUCUUACUUUUUUGGCUUUCGUGGUGACGUCACUGAAUCAAGCACAGAGAGACCAACUACCAUCUAAAGCGGACAUAUUUAUAUUUCAAAUGCGGAUUUAAAUCACUAAAAUAGAGCAACCCAUUGGCUUCAAGGGAGACUUGAACAUUCAAUUAUCUGUGUUUUCGUGUUAUGUAAAAUGUUUGUUGUACACAUUUUCAUGUGUAUAUACAUAUAUAGGUAUAUAUAUACUUUUUUUGGUGUUGUGUACAGAUGUUUUGUUUCCUGUCUUUUAACAAGAGCUGCUGAAUUUUGUGGGCGGAGGUGGGGACUGUAAAAUGGAGCUGGAGGAUGUCAGCGACUGCAGAAAGAGGGAACAGACUGCUCUCUAGUGUGCAUAUAUUCACAGAGUGUUGAUGCCUUUUGCCAAUUGUACACGAGAUUAUGACUCAAAUCCCACAGCAGUGGACGCAUACAACAACUGCAAUGAAUUUUGUGGAGGGGAAAAAAAAAAUGC